GGCAGCCAUGGCCUUCUAAAUCGUGUUCUCUCGCAAUUGAGAGAGAGAGAGAGAGAGAGCGACGUCGGAGUAGAGCUCUCCUUUUCUUCUUCUUCGUCGUCGUCAUCGGCGAACAAUGUGUCGGAACUUCAGGGCGAGGUUUUCGUCGUGGUGCCUGAACAGGAUCUCAACCCAGGCGACGGUGGCGGUGAGGCCGGCCUCGGGAGCGGACCCCAAAGCCAGGCUGAGGUCAGCCGAGGACGGCGAGACGAAGGAGACACCGUUGUCGGAGGGAGAUCCGAAGGAGAAGGCGAGUUCGAGAGGAUGGACGGGAGUGGGAAGGAGGAUCGUGAUCGUGGUGGAUCCGGCGACCACGGCGGCCGAGACGAGGUCGGCCAUUCAGUGGGCCCUCACGCACGCCGUCCAACCCAACGACACCCUCCUCCUCCUCUGCGUCUGCAAGCCGACCGCCGGCGGGAACGCAGGACCGAAAAGAUCGAUAGCUAAGGUCCACGCCAAGGAGAAGGAUCUGCUGCAAUCGAUGAAAAAUCUCUGCCGUGCACGCAAUCCACAGGUAGAGGUGCAGACUUCACUGGUGGAAGGGAAAGAGAAGGGCCCUACCAUAGUAGGGGAGGCAAGGAAAGAAGAGGCAUCCCUUCUGAUCCUUGGGCAGAGGAAGAGGUCGCUCACAUGGAGACUGCUCAUGACAUGGGCAGGGGAAAGGGGUAGCAGUAGUGGCAAUGGUGGGUUUGUGGAAUACUGCAUACAGCAUGCACAUUGCAUGACCUUGGCUGUCAGGAAGAAAGGAGGGAAUGUGGGAGGCUACCUUCUGACCACCAAGAAGCACAAGGACUUCUGGCUCUUAGCUUGAGAAUCAAAAACUAACUUGCUGCAUUUUUUUUUUUUCCUUUACUUCAUUUUUUUUGUGUUUAUUUGUGUGGGUCUGUCUUGUGCCUUUGUGCUUGAGAUUGAUUCUUGUAUCCUUCUGUGUACAUGAGCAAUUGCAUAUAGAUGCACAUGAGUAGAUUGGCUAGUUAGGGACUUGUCACAAAUAUCAAAUCUUACAAUUUGUUA